AUGAAGCUCGUCAGAUUCUUGAUGAAAUGUGCCAACGAGACGGUCACGAUUGAACUGAAAAACGGCACCAUUGUCCACGGCACCAUCUCCUCGGUCUCGCCGCAGAUGAACACGGCCCUGCGCACCGUCAAGAUGACGCCCAAGGGGCAAGACCCCGUAGCCCUCGACACCAUGAACAUCCGAGGCUCCACCAUCCGAUACUUCAUCCUCCCCGACUCGCUCCCCCUCGACACGCUAUUAAUCGACGACGCGCCCAAGCCCAGGAACAAGGCUCGCAAGGAAGCUGAGCGAGGAGGAGGUGGCGGCGGCGGCGGCGGCGGCCGUGGACGCGGCGGCAGAGGAGGCGGCAGGGGCCGCGGGCGCGGGCGCGGUUUCGGACGCGGUCGGGGCUAA